AUGAAGGUCCAGACAGCGAAUCUCAUCCUGGGGUUUUGCGGCUCCAUCAUGGCCCUGCCCCUUCAUGAUGCAUUUGAGAACCGAGCCUCUCCGACACCGUCCUCAAGUCAUGCUGUCCAGUGGUCCAGCUCUGCCGCAGUCUCGUCGACCUCUGUGCCUGUACCACCCAGCAGCUCUUUAUUGAGAGUGCCUAUUUCCGCGCCUAGCUCUGCGGCAAAGGAACUCGGUCCCGCCAACUAUCAUGCUCCAGCGAUGAUCAACGGAGCUGCUGUCAACGGUUUUCCACCCACCACUACCGCAGCAACCGCCGCGGGCGCUUCCAGCACCUCUGCAAGCCCUACGACCACGAAACCGGCGAGUUCUCCGACUACCACGGCUGCCGGAGACCAUCCUAGUGUUGGAGGUCAAAGCUCUGGCGGUUACAGCAGUCUAUCUAGUCAAAGUCAGCCUAGCCCCUACGGACAAACGGCCCCUGGAGGUCAGAACACGGGCCUCCCGAGCGCCCCGUCUCAAAGCCAGCCGACUCACCCAGCCUCGGCUACGAGCACUGCCGCAUACAGCGGUGCGAAUUCGGCGACUCAGCCUACGCCUUACGGUCAAUCCUCAGGAUAUGGUGCUUCUACAUCCUCCGACCAGGCGUUUCCCUUCGGACAAUUGAACCCCUUCGGACAAUCCACGGCCAAUGACCAAUCGGCUCAAUACGGGCAACCUGUCCCGCAAAGUCCCAGCAGCGGAUCUGUGCCAGCCACUGGGAAUUUCCCGGGUGUUCAAGUGGCCCCUCAAGGUUCGAUUGCGAACAGCGGUGUAUCUACUGGAGCGCGUCCUCAGGGACAAACGUCAUCGCAGGGUCCAACCUCUAACACUGGAGCAUCUAGUGGCGUCCGGCCCCAGGGACAAACAGCGCAAGAGGGCUCAACUUCCAAUACCGGCGCCUCUGCCGCAGGGCGUCCUCAGAGUUCCACUUCGAACAAGGGAGCAUCUAGCGGUGCACGUCCCCAAGACAAUUCGGCUCCAGUGGUUCCAUCCACAAACACUGGAACCAACAGCGCGUAUCCUCGGGGACAACCUGGCUCGGACGGAUCAAGCGCGACGGCAGGAAAACCUAGUGAAGGACGGCCUCAAAGCCAGUCUGCGAGCACCGGAGCAUUUAAGGGCUCUGCGAACACUGGUGCAUCCAAUGGCGCGCGUCCCCAGGACCAAUCCACUCGCCCUGGUUCGACUACAAGCAACGGCACGCCUAGCGGAACACGGCCCAAGGUUCAGUCCCCUAACACCGGAAGCGCAUCCGUUCCUCAAGGUCAAUCUGUGGAUCCUGAGUUGAUCGGUUCCCAACUCGCCGACCAGUAUGGUCUGGAUGCUGCUGGAGAAUUGCUUCCCCCGGGCUACAACCCUGUCGGAACAGCAUCUGGUGACGAUGAUGAGUCGACUCCUUCGAGCUACACGGGAGGUUUUCCCUCUCAGACCCAGGCCGCUGCUCCGGCUAGUGCCAGUGAAUCCAACCCCAAAGGUUCCGUAGCUUCAAGCUAUGUUGGCACUGUGCCAAAGGGUCAAUCUGCAGCUGCUGGAUACCUUGGAACCACUGCUCAAAGCCAGCCCUUCGGUUACGGCAGCUCUACUCCGAAAAGCCAGUCUUCCGGCUCUAGCUCUGGAGCCUCUACUCCUCAGGGUCAAUCAUCGGCUUACGGUAGCUCCGCUCCCCAAGGCCAGUCUUCGGGAUCCGCCAGCUCGAUCCCUCAGGGACAGUCCUCUGGAUACGGUAGCUCCGCUCCCCAAGGCCAGUCUUCGGGAUCCACCAGCUCGAUCCCUCAGGGUCAGUCAUCUGGAUACGGGAGCUCCACCCCUCAGGGUCAGUCAGCUGGAUACGGAAGCUCUUCUCCUCAAGGCCAGAGCUCCGCCUCUCAAGGCUAUUCCAGCGGCGUCGGCCCAGGGGGCGAUCCUGUCUACAACGGGCCUAUGGCAGGCCCAGACAGCCAGGGCCAGACUACCGGCGGUACUGGAAAAUCUUCCGCAGGUCAAUCUAAGGGCGCCGCAUCACCAUCCGGUCACACCACGAGCUCCGGCCAAACUCCUCAAGGCGGUUCGUCUGCUGCUGGAUCUGGGAAAUCUCAGCCUGGGCAGGCACAACCCCAAGGACAAGGGCAGACCCAAGGAAAGAGCCAGACCCAGGCACAAAAGCCAAGCCAAGGUUCCGCCGCGGGCCAAGGUCAAGGACAGAGCCAAACUCAAGGAAAGGGACAGACCCAGGCACAGGGACAGACUCACGGAUCCGCUCAGUCCGAGGGCCAAGGACAGAACCCGACUCAAGGAUAUGCUCAGGGCCAAGGUCAAGCACAGGCCCAGGGACAGGGACAAAAGCCAGGUCAAGCCUCCGCCCAAAGCCAAAGCCAAGGACAGAGCCAACCCCAAGGAAAGAGUCAGGCCCAGGGACAGCCACAGACCCAGGGACAGGGGCAGAAGCCCAGUCAAGGUUCUGCUCAGAGCCAAGGCCAAGGAAAGGCACAGACCCAAGGACAGGGACAGACUCACGGGUCCGCUCAACAAGGACAGAACCCGACUCAAGGUUACGCUCAGGGCCAAGGGCAGACCCAGAGCCAAGGGCAGGCCCAAGGAAAGAGUCAAACCCAAGGACAAGGACAGAAGCCCAGUCAGGGUUCCGCCCAGGGUCAAGGUCUAGGCCAGAGCCAGACUCAAGGACACUCUCAGGCCCAAGGGCAAGGGCAAGGGCAAGGACACUGA